UCCAACUUGCAUUUCUUUGAAGAAUAAGACUUGACAUGAUUGAUGUUUCAAGAACACCAGAGUUUUCCAAUUGUGGAAACAUGAAUUCAAUCUCGAUGUGUACUUCCUCUGAUCAGGACCUGGGUUCUAUGUCAGCAGGCAGAAGCAGGCAGAGGUCUCAUUCCUAUUAUAGCGCAGAGGAUUGUAUGAACUAUGGUGUGCAGACACAGACAGAGGAAACCUAUCUAAGACCUCGUUCCAGGUCCUUUUACAGUUUUGAGACAUCAGAGCCUAAAUCUGCCUAUGAUGUGGAAAACUCCACAAGGUCCAGUCCACUGAGUCCCAGCUCGCUACUCCAGUAUCAAGUGAACAAAAAGGAAAAGAAAGAAGGGAAAGAGGCUGGUGCUCAAGGCACCACAAAAAAUUCUAAGUCUAAACCAACGAAGCGCUCACCAUCAAGAGAACUUAAUGGCAGUAAAGGCAGUCUGAAGUCAGUGUCUAUGAUGACCAUCUCUGAGUCGGACAACUGGGAAAUUUGCUCGAGCUCUGGGAUGAAGUAUGGACAGUUCGUGGACUGGGAGAAGAUUGACCCCGAGGCCGCAAAACGAUACCAGCAGAUCCUGAAGAGUGAUCACCAGCAGCUGAAAACGAAGGGCCGAGAAGGGUUCUGGGCCAUGCCCCACACACUAAGGGCCAAGGCUUAUUAUCACAUCAUCCACAGCAUCAAUUCCAGUGGGUCUGUCACUCCAGACAGAGAUGUCUACUAUGAACUGGCCAAGCAGCUCUUUGGGGAACAGAAAAUCAGCACCCACCCUGUCCCAGAGUACAUGGAGGCAGGAGAAAUACCCAGAUAUUGUCUCAACAAAGCAGGCUUGAAUUCUGUGAAAAAGAUCCUCCUUUGCCUCGGCAAAUACUUCGUGGACAUGAACUUUUGCCCCAUCCUUCCUGAACUGGUCUCCCUCAUUCUUCACUUCAGCGAGGAUGAAGCUGAGUGUUUCCACAGUGUGUCCCGACUUAUCUGCUACAACGACCCCAACAAGCGUUACAUCGAUCAGACCUUCCUCACCUACCGCGCUUCCUGCAUGACCUUUGGAGACCUUGCUAACAGGUGUUGCAGAGGCAUCCGUAAGCUGAUUGCCAGCUCUCACCAGAACCUCUUUGAGUUUUACUCUGACUGGAUCAUGUGGAUAUUUGCGGACCUUCCGUUCACAUAUGCCAUCAGAGUGCUGGAUGUCUACCUUUUGGAGGGCUACAAGGUCCUCUACAGGGUGGCAUUGGCUUUGCUCAGCCUCUAUAAAGUAUCGGUGUCGUCUCGAGUGGCAGACGUGGAAGACUUCAGAACUGAUAUGAAGAGUUUCGUGCAGAACGUGGCUCGCCACUGCGCAGUUGAGAAGCUCCUGGAGAAGGCCUUUAUGAUUCCGAUGGCCACACGGAGAGAGCUCAACCUCCUGUUCAAUGCCAACAAGGACUCCCUCAUGCAAAAAGGUGUCAGCAUACACCAGAAGAGACAGUCGGUUGAGACGGUGGAUUUUACCAACUUCACCUCCACUGUUGUGACAGGGACUGGGAUGAGAGUCGUCUGGGCCUGGAUACCUGAGCGCUUUGCCCUUUUCAGUCCCAUUAGGCUGUUUAACACAGCUGAACAUGGGAGAAGCCUUGCCUCAUUCUAUUCACAUGUGGAGGGACACGAACCAACAGUCCUGAUUAUUAAAACUGUGGAUGAAGAGGUCUUUGGUGCCUUCCUGUCAACAGAUAUGAUAGAAAGGAGAAAGCAUGACUCUGAGGGACUCACAUAUUUUGGAACUGGGGAAUGUUUUGUGUUUACGCUUCGUCCCAGCAUGGAGCGCUACCAGCAGGCUAUGGUCAAUAUCAUGACCAGAAGAGCUUCCCCUCAGCACAGUGGAGCCAGUAAUGACGCCUCCUCCGAGGUCUCCAGCAGCGACUGCUCCCCCCUCAGCUCCCCCCUUAGCUCCCCUCUUAGCUCCCCCACAGCAAUCACAACUUUUACCUGUCCUGCUGGAACCCCCCAGGACCCCAGCUAUUUGACAAUCCCCUUCACCGCCCCAUUGGAGGAACCCAUUAAUGCCAAAGAGCCAAAGAGACCCAAAGAACAAGAAGCCUCCAUGUUCAUAGCGGGCAGUGACAGUCAGCUCAUUAUUGGUGGCGAUGGGGGUCACGCACUCUGCCUACAGGAAGACCUAGAGGGAGGAUACUCAGAGCCUUGUGACACAUUCAAGAGCAACCAACUCUGCAAGGGACAUUUCAAGAUCCAUUCUCUGGAAGUGUGGGGCAUCCAGAACUCUAUUUCCUUUUCUCACAGUUUUCCCUCUCAGUGAAAUAACAGGAGAGCAACCUUGUAACAUUGCAUCUUUUGGUAAACACUGAACCUUGUUGAUGCUGUUUCAUUGUACUUCAUUUGUAUGUAAAUUUUAAAUAUUUAUUUCAAGUUUUAUAUUCAGGUUUAUUUGUAUAUACUUAUAUCGCAAACAUUGUCUUACUGGACUUUACAAGCCAACAAAUAGUGGUUCCCAUUUCAGCGAAGCUCUAUACAAAUAGACUGAAAAUCCCCACAAAGAAAACCCUUAGCAUCUUAUCACAGAAAGGAGGAUGAGACAUGCCAGUGACUAGAGCAAUCGUAAUGCAAUGCAAUUUGCAGUAAUUCAUCUAGGAGGAUUAGGUUGAGGGUGUUGUGUGGGCACUGAGCUUCAUAUAUUCAUCAAAUCUAUAUCAAUCACUGAAUAUUUAUUCAUUCCAGUCAAAGGUUCAUAUUUAACCAUCAGGCCUGAUUGUAACCUAGAACCACAUUGCAGCAGCAGAAAAAUUACAAUUCAGGUUUUACCUCCUGUUCAGUCUAUUGAUUAUACUUUGUUUUGUAGACACAAUCAGUUGGAAUAACUGGACUUUUCUGGGUACUUCUACAUAGUUUUUUUCUUAUUAUUUUGUAGUUUAUCUGCAUUUGAGACACAAUUAAACGCCAUGCACUUUUAUAAUGCAAUUAUCAGUUGAUUGUAUUCAGUGUCUAAUAACUUAUUCACAUAUGUGAGCCUAUUAUCAUAUUUAUAUUCAUAUGUAAUGGGGUAAAAAAAAAUGAGUUUCAGACUGAAAAUAAAUAUUUUUACUUUACUUUACUUUUUACUUUACCUCUGAGAUCAAAAUCUUGAAAUUGACAACAUAUGUAUGGUAUUAUUAAUAAGGUGUGUGAGCCUGUAAAUAUGUAUAGCCUAGUCUCCAGGCAUGUGUGUGUGUGUUUGCUGUUAAAAUAGUCUGACAGUAAUUAAUAUCUUACAUACUCUAUACUCGUCAUUGUACGGAAGCCGAGAACGGCCAUGGAUUUUUAUUUUUAUUUUUAUGCACUGUUAUAUCGUGAUAACGAAUUAAUUAAUAAUGUGUUCGUCUUGACUUUAAACUAAUGGU